ACGAAGAACAAAACCCUAAACCUAAUCUGUAACGAUUAACUCCUCAGCUAAAGGAUGGAAAACAUUGGUGUUAUGAUGACCUGCGCCUGUUCGCCGUCUCCAUACCUGCAAGAGGAGCUCGACAAGCAAUUCAAGCUCUUCAGAUACUGGGAAUGCGCCAACAAGGAGGAAUUCCUCAAAUCAAACUCCAACUCCAUCAGAGCCAUCGUUUGCAACACAUCUGUUGGUGCCGAUGCGAAAACAAUCGAUUUGUUUCCUAAUUUGGAAAUUGUCUCGACUUUCAGCGUCGGCCUUGACAAGGUCGAUCUGGUGAAAUGCAGAGAGAAAGGGAUUAGGGUUACUAACACCCCUGACGUGCUCACCGACGACGUCGCCGAUACGGCCAUGGCUUUGAUCUUAGCGACACUUAGAAGGAUCUGCGCGAUGGAUAGUUACGUGAAGAGUGGAUAUUGGAAGACCAAAGGUGAAUUCGAGCUAACCACCAAGUUCAGCGGCAAAAGAGUUGGGAUUUUGGGACUGGGAAGGAUUGGUUCUGCAAUUGCGAGAAGAGCAGAAGCCUUUGGGUGUCCGAUUAGUUAUCAUUCGAGAUCGGAGAAACCGAAUGCGAAGAAUUACAAAUACUAUUCGAGCGUUGUGGAUUUGGCUGCUAAUUCCGAUGUAUUUGUUGUUGCGUGUACUUUGACGAGUGAGACGCGACACAUUGUGAACAGGGAAGUGAUUGACGCAGUGGGUUCGAAGGGGUAUAUAGUGAACAUUGGGCGAGGUUUGCACAUCGACGAAACAGAGCUUGUGGCUGCGUUGGUUGAAGGUAGAUUGGGAGGAGCUGGGCUAGAUGUGUUCGAGAAAGAGCCUGAGGUACCUAAAGAGAUGAUGGAGCUUCAGAAUGUGGUGAUGUUGCCUCAUGUGGGGAGUGGUACUUGGGAGACUGAUACAGACAUGGCUGACCUUGUGAUUGCAAAUUUGAAGGCUCACUUUCUGAAGAAGCCAUUGCUGUCACCUGUGGUCUGAUUUUUUGAGGAUUGACUCCAAAAUUUACUGUUCAGCCAUUGAAGCUCAAACAGAUUAAU